AUGUUUGCUUCCGCGCUCCGUCGCCUGUCGGCCGGUAACGUUGGCGCCAUCACCGGGAAUGCCGCUCGGUGCCAUCAGAACUUUUGCGUCGCGGAGCAUCCCACGCACACCGCCAAAGUCAAGCAGGCGGGCACCGCUGUCCAUAACGGGCAGCUGCAACCGCGGCUCCCCGCACACCCAACGCGGUCGCGCACUGCAGCCACGGAAAGGCGCAAAAAAAAAAAACUCCCCCUUACUUAUAAUCAACGGGUCUGUCUGUUUGCCCUCUCACCAACACUUAAAGCGAAGCCUUCACAGCCACCUCCACAGCCAACGCAAGAUACCCAACGCGAACACCCACCCCGCUGGCCCCACACGCGCACACACAAAAAGUGCGCCCGCAACCAUCCAAUGACACGGCACCCACACCGCACCGCAACCGGUCGGCCGACCUCACCAGAGGAGUUGCCUGCAACUCCACCCGUCCGGUCUCCGGCGAUGUUCAGCCUUGCAGGAAUCCGCAGCCCGAUCGAGACGCGUGAUGUACUGCAGGAUGGCGGCGGACUCGAAGACGCAGCCCUCCUCCAUCCCGUUCUCGCGGCCAAACCACAACGGCCUGAGCGUCACGGGCACGUUGGUGAGGGCCGCCGCCACCCGAACCUCGUGCUUGCACGCGUCCUCAAAGGUUCACACCGCUAA